AGACAUAUGGAUCCCUAGUAUUUAUAAUUCACAUGCAGCAUUGAAGUAGAAAUUUGAUUUGAUACUAUAAAAUGUUAAGUUUAUUGAAUAAAGCCAAAUUUAUGCUUGUGCCUACCGCCAGAAGCAUUUCAUCCAGUGUUAUUGCACGAACAUCUAAUGAAGAAAUUGCCGUAGAAGAAAAGCAAACUGCAAAAACACCUCCUCCAAAGGGGCCGGCUAUAUUGUUACCGCAAAAUUAUCAAGAGUUUUCACCUUUAAAUCUUAAAGAUUGUCGACAGGCAUGGAUUGAAAACAUUGAUGCUGUAGAAGAGCGCAAGUUGGGUUUAAUUGAAUUGCAUCCAGAUGUGUUUGCUGUCCAGCCAAGAGUCGAUGUGAUCCAGGAAAACAUUGAAUGGCAACGUAAAUACCGUUAUGUAAGUUUUGCCCAUUCAAAAAGCAGAGCUGAAGUUCGUGGCGGAGGUCGUAAGCCUUGGCCACAAAAAGGUGGUGGGCGUUCACGUCAUGGCUCACUUCGUUCACCACUUUUAAAGGGAGGUGGUGUGGCGCAUGGUCCGCGCUCUCCCACUUCGCAUUUCUAUAUGCUACCCUUUAUGAAGCGAGUCUUAGGCCUAACAUCGACAUUGAGUGUAAAAUUGGCUCAGGAUGAUUUACACAUUAUAAGCGAUGUGGAAAUACCAAGUAAAGAUCCUGAAUUUAUCAAGGAUUUGAUUCAAGAACGCAAUUGGGGACCAUCUGUGUUGAUUGUUGAUAAACAUGACGAAUUUCCCGAAAAUAUUUGCUAUGCCACGGAUUCUUUGGGCUAUGUCAAUUUAAUGCCAUCCUUUAGCUUAAAUUGUUACUCCAUGUUGAAACAUGAUACUUUGGUUUUAACAGUAGAAGCUGCCAAACACUUGGAAGAUCGCCUGCUUUUCCAACUUCAUCGCACCGAUACAUUUGCCAAGGGACAGAAAUUCAAAUUGAAUCAAGUUUAAGGAAAUGUGCUUACAUUUUCAACGGCAAUAAAUUGUUUAAGUUUUUAAAUUAUAAAGAAAAUGUUGAAGAAUCCCAAUAAGUGAAGUUGUGGCAUAUACGCCAUAAAUAAGCUGCAUGGUAAACGACUGUUGUGGAAUAAACAUUAAGGUAAACUUCAAAA